AUGACAAUCCUAGACGGCCUGAAAAAGAGGCUCGACGCCAAGAAGGGACGAUGGCUAGACAAACUCGAAGGAGUCCUUUGGUUGCAUCGAACAACUCCACGCCUAACCACCGGAGAAACCCCAUUUGCCCUCGUCUAUGGAACAGAAUGUGUGAUCCCUCCCGAGGUGGAUUUCCCCGGAAUUCGACGAAGACUUUUGCCAGGACAGGAAGGUUUGAAUCACCUGAUGAUGCUGGAUGAGCUUAACUUUGUCAAUGAAAGGCGCGACCAAGCCUUAAUCCGAGUGCAGAACUACCAACAAGCAACAACGAUGUACCACAACAAAAAUUUCCACAGCCAAAGGUUUAAAGAAGGAGAGCUUGUCCAUAAAAUGUUAUCCAAAACACUGCUGAGAGGAACGCAGAGAAAAUCGGAGCAAAUUGGGAAGGCCCCAACAAGACCACGAAAGUAG